UUGAAAUGGACGACGUGACAGUGAAACGAUAGACAGCUUACUAUUUCGUCAAUAUUUAUCGAACUUUUUAAAAACAGAAAAUUGAAUGAAAGUGAAAAUGUGAAUGUGAAAAAUCAUGUUUUUCAAAUACACAGAUUUAUUCUGAUGUCAAAUUUUGUAAAUAUUAAAAUAACUUGAAAUGGAAAUGGACAAAGAAGUGUUUAAAAUCUAAGAUAAAGUACCUAAAUGAAUUGAACAGUGCUUCAGUGUGUGUUAAAGUGAAUUAUCGUCAAAAUGGGGUGCGGCCAGAGCAAAAUCAACUUAUACCCGCGACGGAACAAAAAUAGUAGCAAGAAUUCAAAGAAAUCAGGUGGUACAGCGGAGACGAAUGAGUCCGAAGAAGAGGAGGGAUGCCCUGAAGCCACCGAAGAGACGGAGACGGAAGAACAGCCAGAUCCUAGACAGCACGUGCUGCCCAUCUCGGAGCACCAGCCCCCCUUUGAGGUGUCGGCGAGCCAGCAGAAUUUCUUCAAAAUGUUAGAUGAAAAGAUUGAACAGGGCAAGGACUAUGACUCGUCGAGCGAAACGGAAAUCCAAGAGGAGGAGGAGCGGAAACGCAGACUCAUAGAGCACUGGUGCUCUUUCUCGCAGUCUUCCGUGUGCACGCCGAGCCCGCCCACGCCCGCGGCGCGCCGCCGCAUGACUCGCUCAGUGUCCCGCGCCUCCGAGCGGCAGUGCGGCCCCGCCGCCGCGCCGCACGCGCAAGCCUACCAGGAGUCGCCCCCCGCCCGCCGCGCGCACAGCGGCCAGCCCCACGAGUCUCGCCCCUCCACCUCCGCCGAAUGGGAACACAACAAGUCACCCAUGAAACGCACACAGAGCGCCGGCCCCUGCUGGCGGGGCGCCCCCAAGGUCGCCCCGAUGCCCAAACCCAAAGGUGACAAAAGGGACGAACCCGUCGCCGGCUGCAGCAAGGACUCUCAAAUAACUUACAAUCCGACAUUCCAAAAUCACAGCCCGGCUCACUCCGCAAAGGGCCAGCCGUACAUAGCUCAGCUCGUUUCGUACCCGAUGGCCGCUCCGGCGUCGCCCACCAAAUUUAUCGCGCCUCCCGAAGAAUACCAAGACCCGGACGUAAGCAGCGUUGACCGGCAGAUUACGGUGACUCAAGUGAACUCCCAGACCCAGAUCUAUUACAUACACGGGAACGCGGCCGCGACGGGGGCGCCCCCCGAUAUCGUGCAGCAGCGCCAGCAGACCGCCAUACAUCUACAGCAGUAUGUCGCCAUGAAGCAAGCCCAACAGCAAAUGUUCAGUUCCUACAUGCAGCGCAGCCCCCACGCCGUGUUCCCCGGCGAGGGGUACCCUCCCAACGCUCCUCGGAUGUACGAGGGAGAGGAAUUAGCGGCUCAGUACGGGUACCCCGGGCCGCGGCCACAGAGCGCGCCGCACCGGGGGCACGUGGACGUGGCGCACACGCACACGCCGGUCUGGAACCCGCUGCCGCCGGUGAUGAGCACGCAGUGGGCCGGCGGGGUGGUCCCGCCCGAGAUGCAGUACUACCCGCAGUCGCAGUUCGUGCCGAUGUUCCGCGCCACGUCGGCCGGCUCGGCCGGGACGCUGACCCGCUACCACAAGAAGGAGGACCCGGAGAAGGCCGUGCAGAGCAUCAACGUGGUGCGCGGCAAGCCGGUGGGGCAGAUCGUGGCGGUGAGCGGGCAGGAGCUGGCGGUGAGCAGCGCGGUGAGCGACAGCCCCAGCCCGGCGUCCGUGUCGACGGACAGCGGCGUGUCGCCGGGCACCUCCGCGCCCAGCUCCAAGAGCUCCUUCGGCUCGACGCCGCCCACCGCCUGCGCCAACGACACCUUCGAGCCGCAUCACAAGCCAAAGAAAAAUAAAUCUACCGUCAAUCGCUCACUGAAAGUUUCCAAAAGUCUUGACGCUUAAACCUCUCAAACUUCGUUUUGUAAUUAUGUAGAUUUUAUAAAUGUACUUAGUCUAGUCUUAUUGUAUAGUAUAAUAGUAAUAGAUUCCAGAUUGUUUAAAAUGUAUUGUUAUUAUCAGAUUUGUUUUUAUCAAUGUCAAAAUGUGUAGUUUAAUGGAUUAUGAUUUUUCACGGUUGGCAAAAGAGGUAAUGGAAUGCAACGGAACCUCUUGACUUCAGUUUUGCUCGCGCUAACUUCGCGCAGAUUACCUGUUGGGAAGCAACUUCGGGAAAUUAUAAGUCCAGUUACGAACUUUAACUAUCAAAUGAAUGUCACUUAUAUUGUACUACUCGAAUCCCCACAUGUCCUGAAUUCAGUCCUAAUGAGGUGAUAGAUUAAGAAGAAAUAAAUUAUUAAAUGUUACAAUAGAAAUUGUGUCGAAGCAUACUGGAAUUACGCAAAAUUCACACGCAGCAAAACUAGCCCUUAGAUAAAUCAGAAUAAAUCAGUAACUGUAGAUUAAAACUACAUUUUAGAGGCAAUAGCUCGUAUGCUUCGAUACACGUAAUUGUACUAGAACCUUCCACGCCAAAACUAUAAGCUAUGUAAAUAUUAAUUAACAAACCACUAAGUACCUACAGCAAGAUUUAAACAUUCACGAUUCAGUCAGCUUAGUUUUAAAAAUUAAUUAUUCGCGAUUAAGUCCCGUUAACAAUAGCCUACUUGACCCUUUUUAAGGUUCCGUA